GCAAUGCUGCUUUUCCGGGGCCCAGGGACCCUCUGCGGAUUCAGACCCACCCUCUAUGCUUUACCUUCUGCGAAUCGAUACUUGGCGACCAAAGCCUACGACCCUCUCCGCAUACUCUUCUGCGGCUCCGAUGAAUUCAGUAUUGCUUCCUUGAAAGCGCUCCAUGCAGAACAUCUCUCUCGACCGGACCGGAUCGCGUCCAUUGAUGUCGUUUGUAGACCCGGUAAAAGGGUUGGGCGAGGGUUGAAGAAGAUACAGGAAGUCCCUAUCAAAGCAGCCGCAACAGAUUUAUCGCUUCCUAUCCAUGAAAUUGACACUUUCCGGGGCUGGACGCCUCCUGUCCUGCCGGAAGGGCCCAUCAACUUGAUCGUCGCUGUCUCGUUCGGGCUAUUUGUGCCUCCCCGAAUUAUCAAUGGUGCUAAAUAUGGGGGUCUCAAUGUGCACCCCUCUUUACUCCCCGACUUCCGCGGUCCCGCACCGCUACACCACACACUCCUGAACAAUAGAACCAGAACUGGCGUCACAUUGCAAACUCUACAUCUGAAGCACUUCGACCACGGUACUAUUCUAGCGCAGACGCCGUUCCCAGGAUUUGACAUACCGAACCCAGCUUCCUGCACGGUCCAGGAACUGCUAGAUGUCGUUGCCCCCAAGGGCGCGGAAAUUCUCGUUGAAGGCAUCCAAAAGGGACUUUUCGUCCCCCCUUUGCAAGAUGUAGGCUGGCGCCCGUCAGCGGACGAUGGUACUCUGAUUCAUGCUGCAAAGAUCAUGCCAGAAGACCGACAUAUUGACUGGACCAAGUGGACCUUGCAUGAUAUCCAGAGAAGACAUCAUGUGUUGGGUCCGCUUUGGAGCAAAUCCCUAGUUGCCAGCAGCGGCACAUCUGGUGGGAAGCCCAGCUUCCAACAUCUUCGCGUCAUAUUCUCCGAGUUUGAAGAAGUAGCUUUACUAAAAGGCUGCGAUCAAUUCUCGGUCGUACCCGGCCUACCGUUUAUAGACGGCGCCCUUCCAAUCGAAUUGGAUAAAGGAAACGGCGUAUAUGUGUUCACUCGGGACCACAAGCUUGUCAGGAUUCAUCAAAUGAAGGUUGAAGGUGGGUUGACUACAGACGCUCUCCGAGCCGCUCGCAAGGCUCGUAUGAUUGGCGAACGAACGUUCUACUCGGGGGACAUCGGAUAUACACCAUUCUACAAUCCUCUACAUUGAACGCAAUGAGAUGAAAACAAAAUGCCUAUCAUUUCAUUGACGUUGCGAUACCAUCGCUACAUACCCUUCAUACCAGCCAAUCCAGGCCUUCGUACGCCGAGCAUUGCAGAUAAUCCUCCUCCACGGUUUCACACUACAAAUCGCAAAUCCGGCAACUGUAGAAUCAGUCCUAAAGGAAAUACCAUCGACCGGAGCACUUCCUGACCUGAAUUUACUUGGCCAGUCACAGACAUGCCCUGUGCGAACAUGGCAUAUGCAUUGGCAGUGUCGUCCAGGUCAACCUACCAGCAGUUUUAUGAGCAGCAGGGAUGCAUGGUACAUGGAAAACUAUGCCGUUCUCUUCAGCUCGUCUUUCUCCUUAUAUCCAUCAAUAUUAUGGCUGCACACUGUAUACGCCUUGGCUGAUGAUCGCUUUUGUAUU